GGUAAAUCCAGGAUGUUCAAAGCUGAGGAGUCGUCAAAGGACAGCUUUCUUCAGCAAACGAAAGCCGCUAGGGAAGAAAGGGCCCAUGAAAAGGACAGAGAAGUUGCUGUCACCUUAAUUCAGGCUUAUGUUAGGGGAUGGUUGACCCGUAAAAGAAUAUUAGAAGACUUUGAUACAAACUUUCUCAACGAUGGUGGUACAGAGUCUAAUGCAGAGCUGAAACCUGCUUUGUACAUGUACAAGGUUAUUGCAAAAUUUUUGUAUGUAUAUAGGAAAGAAAGGGAUCAAGAAAGAAUAGAAAAAUUAUGUAGAUAUUUAGUGUCGACUCUUGAUUCAGAGUCCCCAGAGACUUCAUAUGUAGGACUGGUGCUGAAUAAAGAUCGUUACAAAUUAUGGAUAUUGCAAAUGAAAAAGUUGUUACUUUAUUGUCUGAACGGCUUAGAUAAUCUGAAACCAGAGAGAGUAUCUGACCAUAAAUCCAUCCAUUUGAGAUUACAUACAUUAGUUAGUUUUACAUCCCCAGGAACAUGGGCAAUACAAAAAGUGGAAGGAAUGGAUAAACUAAGAGCUGCAAUGAACCAGCUUUGCGCAAAUAUAAUGGGUGACCUAGUCAGCAAUGGGUUUUAUCCGACUAUGCAGGUUUUCCUAAUGAAAGGAUUGGGUAGAGUAGAGAUCGCUUUGAAACCAAUUGCACUUUCAGCAGCAGUCACAUUGGCACUGAGGCCUUUAAUUUCAUCCCAUAUGUCAGACAAAUUGGUAUCACUAUUUUUAAUUAACGUUUUCAGUGUGCCUGCAUUGGUUCAUCAUCUACACAAUAUAUCAUCGGUGUGUAUUUCAACAUUUAUCACUUGCAACUUGUUUGCAAGAAGCUUAGAGUUGCUGAAUUCGGAGCAAAACUUGAGAAUAGUUUUUAAUGCAUUAGAAGGUAGCUAUGCACUGUGUUUACUAGCCAAUUUAAUACAAUUGGCUAAUAUUGAAAGAGAGGAAGUACUGAGGGAGCUAUAUUUUCCUUCCUUUACGUUUGUUGUAACAAAAAUGUUGGAAGCUUGUCAGCAAUAUGUGGUUGCAAAGCAGAGUAACUUAACACAUUGGCAUCCAAUUCUUGGGUGGUUGGCACAGAAGGUUGACACAACUCUGCAAGAACCUAUUCCAUAUGUAAAAACACAAUUAGCAAGCCUAUGGACAGGAAGAAUAGUUACACAGUUAAUUGGUCAACCAUUAACGGAACUCAUUGAAAAAGAAAUACCUCCGUCAGUGGAGCAACAAAGUACGUCUGUUGGUACUAACAUUUUUAGAAGAGCAUUUUUGGAAGCACGUACAAAUAGAAAUAAUAAUACUAAGAACUAUAGAAAAUUAGGAAGUCCAGAAACUACUAGAAUAGCUUUAAUUUGUUCCCUGUAUCAGAUUGCUUUACAUACACUUACGCAAAUGAAGAUGGAGAUAUUAACUGGUUUAUGCUACCAAGAUAAAAUUUUAUACCACAUGUAUUUAUUCCUGGGAACAUUGGGUCCACAUUGUGGUUUGAAAGCGUUUUUAGACCAUUUAGCUGCCAAUACAAAGUGCACGGCACCUGAAUUUCAAAUGUUAAUAUUGUUUUCUGAUUGUACGACACAUUACGUUACAAUCUUGGAUGACAUGGAAAUGUAUGAACAACAAGAUCCAUUCAAGCUUAACGAUUUUGUAACAAUAUCAUAUUUUUUAAAUCAGUUUUUAUACAAGGCAGUUCUUAAUAACUUGUUUGAUGUUCCAGACGUGAAGUCGGUUUCCAGUAAUCCUUUGUUCACCUCUCUUCAUACACUUUUAAUGGCAAUUUAUCGACGGGAUUGCAGACGGACGUUUUGUCCAGAUGGACACUGGUUGGCCAAGUUAAUUCGAGUGUCAGGUUUCCUAGCAGAUUUGGAAAAAGGUAGACGUGGUGCUGCUCUUCUUCUUUCCAAAAUGCCUCAUGUGAUUCCUCAUUGUGAACGUGUAGUACUGUUUCGCAAGCAUGUAGUGAACGAGAAAGUUGUGUUGGGCUUGACCGAGAGUGCUUGCAACGGUACACCAACAACGCUAAUCGUGGUUCAUAGAACACGUAUAGUAGAGGAUGGAUAUCGCCAGCUUGCAAUGUUACCUUCUCAGGCAUUAAAAGGUUUAAUCAGAGUUCGUUUUGUAAAUGAGCAGGGUUUAGCCGAGGCUGGCAUUGACCAAGAUGGAGUGUUCAAAGAAUUUUUGGAGGAGACGAUAAAGAAAGUUUUCGAUCCAUCUUUGAAUCUAUUCAGAGCAACCACUGAAAAUCGACUUUAUCCGUCUCCGACAUCUUCCAUGCAAGAUAACCACUUGCAGCUAUUUGAAUUUGUUGGUCGUAUGUUGGGUAAAGCUGUGUACGAAGGUAUUGUUAUAGAUGUACCUUUCGCUUCCUUCUUUGUUUCCCAAUUUUGCGGGCAAACUGGAGGGGCAUUGUAUAGCUGGUUGGACGAAUUGGCAUCUCUAGACAGAGACUUGUACAGAAGUUUAACUCUAGUGAAGCAUUACAAGGGUGAUGUUAGACAGUUAGAAUUGACAUUUUCUCUCGAUGAGGACGUUCUAGGAAAAAUAGUUACGCACGAGUUAAUUCCUGGAGGACGAGCGGUGCCGGUCACCAAUGAGAAUAAGAUUAAUUAUAUACACUUAAUGGCUCAUUUCAGAAUGCACAUGCAAAUAAAAGAUCAGACAGCUGCUUUUAUGAAGGGUUUCCGUUCUAUAAUUAAUCUUGAGUGGUUGACGUUGUUUUCAACUCCGGAACUGCAAAGAUUAAUUACAGGCGAUAAUGUCCCGUUAGAUUUACGGGACCUGCGAAGGCACACGCAAUAUUACGGCGGCUUUCAUGACAGCCAUCGCGUUGUAUGCUGGUUAUGGGACAUUUUGGAAAAAGAUUUUUCUGAAGAGGAAAGGGGUUUGUUCCUGAAGUUCGUAACAAGCUGCUCAAAGUCACCUUUAUUGGGUUUUGCAUAUUUAGAUCCACCCUUUUCUAUUCGCUGUGUAGAGGUUGGCGAUGACGAGGACACGGGUGAUACAAUCGGUAGUGUCAUAAGAGGAUUCUUUACAAUUCGUAAAAAGGAUCCGCAAAAUCGUUUGCCCACAUCGUCCACAUGUUUCAACCUCCUUAAAUUACCCAAUUACCAAAAGAAGAGUACACUAAGAGAGAAGCUACGUUAUGCGGUUACUAGCAACACAGGCUUCGAGCUGUCUUAA